CUUUCCGUUCCGCCUACAGCUCGAGGGCCCCGCCUCCUCACUCCUGAGCUAGAAGCUGGAGGCGCGGUGGGGCGGAGCGGCGGGUCCCGACCCCGCUGGGGUGGGGCGAAUCCCGUCCCGGCCGGUUGCCCCGGGCUAGGGCAGAGGUCCAGGCCGACCGGCCUUCUUGCGGCCGUGCUGCACUUCUGUGCCUUGAGGCUCGCCCUGGAAGCAGGCCUAGUGUUUUCGCCUCGCCCCUCCGCAAGGCAGGUCCCGGGGCUCGCGCGUGUCGCCUCCCCUCAGCGCCCGCUGUCUGGAGAGUCGCUGGCCUUGGUCACCGCCUAGUGGGCUAUAUCUGCAACUUGAAGGGAAGAUAAAGGAAACAUCUUCUUUGGAAUAGAUGGGAUUUUGUCACUUCCUGUGAACGAAAGCGAUUCAAUGUCUCUUUUGGAUUGUUUCUGUGCUUCACGAACACGAGUUGAAUCACUCAGACCCGAAAAACAGUCUGAAACCAGUAUCCAUCAAUACUUGGUUGAUGAGUCAGCCAUUUCCUGGCCCCCUCCGUCUGCUAGAGCCAAUGAAGUGAUAUGCUCCACUAACGUCUCUCACUAUGAACUGCAAGUGGAAAUAGGAAGAGGGUUUGACAACUUGACCUCUGUUCAUCUUGCACGGCACACUCCUACAGGAACACUGGUAACUGUAAAAAUUACAAACCUGGAAAGCUGCACUGAAGAACGCCUGAAAGCUUUACAGAAAGCAGUGAUUCUAUCUCACUUUUUCCAACAUCCCAAUAUUACCACUUAUUGGACAGUGUUCACUGUUGGCAGCUGGCUUUGGGUUAUUUCUCCAUUUAUGGCCUAUGGUUCAGCAAGUCAGCUCCUAAAGACCUACUUUCCUGAUGGAAUGAGUGAAACUUUAAUAAGAAACAUUCUCUUUGGAGCAGUACAAGGGUUGAACUAUCUGCACCAAAAUGGCUGUAUCCAUAGGAGUUUUAAAGCCAGCCAUAUCCUCAUUUCUGGUGAUGGCCUGGUGACCCUCUCUGGCCUGUCCCAUCUGCAUAGUUUGCUUAAGCACGGACAAAGGCAUAGGGCUGUGUUUGAUUUCCCACAGUUCAGCACAUCAGUGCAGCCGUGGCUGAGUCCAGAACUACUGAGACAGGAUUUACAUGGAUAUAAUGUGAAGUCAGAUAUUUACAGUGUUGGGAUCACAGCCUGUGAAUUGGCCAGCGGGCAGGUACCUUUCCAGGACAUGCAUAGGACUCAGAUGCUAUUACAGAAACUGAAAGGUCCUCCGUAUAGCCCACUGGAUGUCAGUAUUUUUCCUCAGUCAGACUCUAGAAUGAGAAAUUCCCAGUCAGGAGUAGACUCUGGGAUUGGAGAAAGUGUGCUUGUCUCUACUGGAACUCACACAGUCAAUAGCGACCGGCUCCAUACACCAUCCACAAGAACGUUCUCUCCUGCCUUUUUUAGCUUGGUGCAGCUGUGUUUGCAGCAAGAUCCUGAGAAAAGGCCAUCAGCAAGCAGUUUGUUGUCCCAUGUAUUCUUCAAGCAGAUGAAAGAAGAAAGCCAGGACUCCAUACUUCCCCUGUUGCCACCUGCUUAUAACAGGCCAUCAGCGUCACUGCCGCCAGCGUCACCGUGGAGCGAGCUGGAAUUCCAGUUUCCUGAUGACAACGACCCGGUCUGGGAAUUCUAGGGUUGCCAAAUCAUUUCAUGUCCUCUAUACUUGACAGCGUCUCCUUGCUGCUUGUCUUCUGUCUUGUUAGGUACAAAUGACAAAUCUAUACUUGAAAAUACAGUUGGUGCACUGGAGAAUUGAUCAGUUAAACCACUCUGUUCAUGGGGCAUGGAUUUACCCUCUCUGCCCAGAUCAGAGCACCCGCACGACUUCCUCAUCAGUUAUUACCCAGCUCAGCUAGUGUCCGCUUGCCCGCCCUUCCACACAUCCCCCCUUCUUUUCCACUUUUUAAGCUGUGACUGGUACUUUCUGGAUCUCAGUGUAACUUUUGAGCUAAUUAAUUUUCUUCUACAUUUUAUUGUUCUCUGGGGGAAUGAACCCUUCCUCAGAGGACAGUGCUUCCAGAACAUCUUUUCUUCCAGAUUCACUAGCCUUUUUGAUCAGCUAUUGUUAGAUAAACAGGCUGGUUUAUUCUGGUACAAAGCCCUUUUUUGGAGAAGGGAAAAUGUUUGUACUAUUCCUUUUACAUAUGGCAACAUCAAACUGAGCCUUGCUCACAUUAAAUAAUUCACUUGAACUAUAAAGAUGCAAUUUGCAUUUUAAAAGGGAGGGGGCUAACAUAACACUUUUCUACCUGUGUAAAUUAUAGAUCAUUAAUUCAUGCACCCUGUGGGAGCUCAAUAAAAAUGUAUUAAACAUCUCUUAUAUAUUUUGUGUGGCUUAACAAAGCUAGAACACAGAUUCUAAUUUGAUUUGCUGAGAGAAUCUUUUUAAACAUAAUUAACAUGGUAAACUGCAGGCAAUCUCUUAGAGACAAAUGGCAUGUUGGCCUUUUACAUGCUUGUUUCUGUAGUGGGGUAAACCUUGAAGACCAUGCUGUUGUUAAUGGCGCUGCCUCCCUAGCAGGAGAUGUUGUGUUUUAGUUACAUUUUUGUUGCUAUGAUAAAAUACCACAAUCAAAAGAGUUGCAGAGGGCUAGUUGUACAUACUGACAGAGAAGGCAAAGCAGCAGGAGCAGAGAGAUAAGAGGUUCUAUCUCAACUACCUCACACUCAGCUGCAGCACAGGCAGCAGAGAGGGGAACUGGAACUGGGGCAAGACUACGAGCUCUCAGAGCACCCUCUGCAGCAUACUUCCUCCUGCAGGGCAAAGAGCAUCACCAAAGAGCUCAUCACCAACAUCAACUAGGUGUUCGGAUACAUGAGCCCAUAGGGCACAUUUUUCAUCCAAACUGGCAUAGUGUCUUAAAAGUGGUUUGUAAUUGAACUUAUAAUAAACUGGGGUCUAUGUCA